AUGAUGGAGACUCUACCAUCUCAAUGCAAGGCUUCCACACUUACUGUGACAGGGGAUGAGAGGGGCCUUCACAUUGCUGCUGCCCGUCCUGUUGGGCUGGGCCGGCUGCCACCCCAUCCCAGGAGGAAGAGCUUCCACAAGCUGCUGCUGAUCUCCUUUCAUGGGUUCCGCUAGGACUACGACCAGGACAUGGACACCCCCAACAUGGACCACCGCCAGGAGGGCGUGAAGGCCAAGUACCUCACACCGCCCUUCAUGACAAUGACCUCCCCGUCUCACUUCACCACCACCUCAGGUUGCUGGAUCAAAGAUCACAGAGUCAUUCACAACAUGAUGUUUAACACAGAGACACUCUGGAAGUACUCCAUCAAGACCACACAGAACAAGACUGAGUGGUGGGACAAUGGCAUUCUCCCCCUCUGGAUCACAGCCCAGAGACAGGGGAGGAAAACAGCGUCAUUCCACUAUCCCGGGGGAGGCGCCAAGUACAAAGGGGAGGCCGUCCAGCGGUCCCUGGUGGAGCCGUACACCGACCCAGACAGCAACGAGACGGAGUGGAGGGAGAACACUGAUACCGUCAUGAACUGGUUCAGUAAGGAAGACUUUGGCUUCGUGACUCUGUACUACGGAAAGCCGGAUAAUGUGGGACACCGCUUUGGGCGCGAGACAGAGAACAGGAGGGUGAUGACUCAGCAAAUCGACAGAACCAUCGGGUACGUGUUGGAAGCCAUUGAGAGGCACAGCUUGACUGAGUACCUCAACGUCAUCAUCACAUCUGACCACAGCAUGACCACUGUGAAAAAGAAGCCCAAAGUCACUGAGAUCCUCCUGACCAACUACAUCAGCUUCAGGGACUUGGUCAAGUUUGAUAUUGUGGACUAUGGCAGCUUUGGGAUGCUCCUGCCCAAACCAGGGCAAGAGGAAGCCGUUUACCAAGCGCUGAAAAAUGCACACCUUCACCUCAAUGUCUACAAGAGGGAGGAAUUUCCAGAACGCUUCCAUUUUGCCAAACACGAGUGGGUCUUGCCAAUCGUGAUGUAUGCUGACUCUGGUUAUAACAUCAAUGGGCUUCAGUGCUCCCAGCACAAGAUUAUCAACAGCAGCUCUGAACAGGUAGCAGAAGAAGUAGGAAAUCCCUCGCUGUGUUGGUGA